AUGGUGAAAAAGAUUAACAAUAAGAUUAAAAUCGAUUAUGAAAAUUGCAUAUUAGAGAAUUCUCUACUUCAGAUCAAGAAUAAGAAAAAUGUUAAUAAUCUCGAGUUGAUCGAAGCAUGGUUAAUCGAUAUAAAUCCUAUAGACUCGCCCAAAGUACUAGGACUAAUAAAGGGGUUGUCGACUAAUGAUAAAAGAUCUUUGUUACAUUUAAAGAGACUUCAAAGAUUUGGAGAGCAGCUGACUGUGAUUUUAUGCUCUACAGAUUAUCUUGAAGAAAGUGAAAUACUUUCGAGCCUGGAAACACAAUCGUUCACAUACAAUAAUCUCAGAACUAAAAAAGUCCCACAUCAUUGCCCCGGAACAAAAGAGCUUUCGUUGAAAUGGAGUAGAGAAUACUGGCCUAUUAUUUGGAAAGGUAAUCCUAAUGAUCAAAUACUAAAUGAUGUCAAACUGGAUAUUAAUAUUGUCAAAGAGCAUUUGAAUCAAAUUGCUGAAGAGUCUAAUAGAACUACUGGAGAAACUUUACCAAUUAUAACGUCUAUUGUUGAUCCAAAUACCAAUGAAAUUGUUGCUAUUUCUAAAGACAACCGUGCUUCACAUCCACUACAUCAUAGCGUUAUGCGUUGCAUUGAUGCUGUUUCUGAGAAAGAGAAAGAAAAAAAACAAAAAAAUCAGAAUUAUGAUACACAUUAUCUUUGUAACGGGUUCCAUGUUUAUACAACACAUGAACCAUGUUCAAUGUGUUCUAUGGCAUUAAUUCAUUCAAGAAUUUCCAGACUCAUUUAUUUAACAGCCAGUCCGUCAACAGGUGCUUUAGACCCUGAAAGUGGAGAUGGACAUACCAUUCAUGAUCAUAGUUUGUUGAACUCAAGCUUCGAAGUCUGGAAAUGGGUAGGAUCUGAUCAUUAUAGAUUGCCAUCUUUAAAAGAAGAAGUAAAUGCAUAA